AUGGCUGAAAAACGGUUUUAUACGAUGGAACAAAAGCUUGAAGGAAAUCGAGAAUUGAAAGAAGAAUAUGUUAAGUUUAUGCGUGAAUACAUCGAGUUAGGACACAUGACAUCAAAUCUGGAAGAAAAUGAAAAUCGAAAAGAACAAUAUCAGUUGUUUCUGCCUCAUCACGCGGUAAUUAGACAGGAAAGCCUUACGACUAAAGUACGAGUCGUGUUUGACGCAUCGUCCAAGACAUCGACGUCCGUGUCACUGAAUGAUACCCUCAUGGUGGGCCCUACAAUUCAGGACGAUUUAAGAGCUAUUCUACUUAGAUUUCGUAUUCAUGCAGUCGUCAUGACAGCGGAUAUUGAGAAAAUGUAUAGACAAAUUGCUAUAAGUCCCAAAUGUCAAUCGUAUCAACAAAUUCUGUGGAGGGAAAACCGAAAUGAGCCUCUUUUGAGUUAUAAGCUUAAGACAGUCACCUACGGAACAUCGGCGGCGCCUUUUAUGGCUAUCCGGACUCUGCUGCAAUUAGCUGAAUGUGAGAAAAAGAAUCAUGAAGAAGCGUCUCGCAUUGCGAAACGAGAUUUUUACGUCGACGACUUGUUGACAGGAGCAGCAAGUGUAGAAGAAGCUAUAAAACUCCAAGACGAUAUGUUGAAGAUGUGCAAAAAAGGUGGUUUUCUACUUCGAAAGUGGUGUUCGAAUCGUGACAAAUUAUUAGAACCUAUUCCAAAUGCGAUGCAAUCAACCAAUCAUAAUUUCAACCCCAAAGAUGAUGUAACGACAAAAACCCUCGGAGUCUGUUGGAAGCCGAUUGAAGACCAAUUCCAUUUCAAGGUUCAAGUAGCGAAACCACUAUCAUCAUGUACAAAACGCAAAGUAGUAUCAGAAAUGUCUAGGCUGUUUGAUCCAUUAGGACUGGUGAACCCUGUAAUUGUGAAGGCAAAAAUAUUUGUCCAACAACUGUGGAAGCUAAAAUUAGCAUGGGACGAGUCACUGCCGAUUGAACAUCACACAGCUUGGGAAAAUUAUCGGAAGGAGCUUAAAGACAUAACACAAAUUAACAUUCCUCGGAGAGUUACAGUCAGCGACAGCAUUCAGAAUGAGCUUCAUAUAUUUUGUGACGCAUCCCAAGUUGCCUACGGAGCAUGUGCAUAUUUGCGAAGUGUGACAAAGGAGCAGGCAGUGACUGUGCAGUUGCUCAUAGCAAAGUCUAGAGUUUGCCCGGUGAAGGCAACAACUAUUCCACGUCUAGAGCUGUGUGCAGCAUUAUUGGCUGCUAAGUUGAUGACUAUCAUAUGUCAAGCAUUGAAGGAAGUUAUUUCUCUGGACAACGUAACAUUUUGGUCAGACUCGUCAAUAGUUAUUAGUUGGAUUCAAAGUGAUGAGCCAGGAAAUAGCUGGAACACAUUCGUUGCGAAUCGCAUUGAAGAAAUAAGAGAAUUAACCACUAACUAUUCAUGGAAACAUGUAAAAGGAUGUGACAACCCUGCAGAUCACAUAUCACGAGGACUAAGUGUCAAGGAAUUAAUUAAUUGUAGUCAGUGGUGGUCAGGGCCGCACUGGCUAGCAUUACUAGAGUCGGAAUGGCCAACCAUAACCAUCCGAGAAGAAGUAACUGAACUUACAGAACGACGCAAGGCGGUUACUGUCCUACAAGUUAGUAUGAACAAAACAAUUGAUUUUAUAGAUAUCCUUGGGAGGUUUUCAAAGUUAGAACGACUGUACCGAAGCACGGCAUAUUUGUUCCGCGGAGUAACAGUUAAGAACAAGCGAGUAAGUGGAGAAAUAACAGCCGAAGAAAUCGAGAAGAGUUCAAAAUUCUGGAUAAAUAUAAUUCAAAAUUCAUCGUUUAAGGCGGAAAUCUCUGAGUUACGUGCCAGACAAUCACUUUGCACGCACAAUAGCAACUUAAAUUCAUUAAGUCCUUUUGUAGAUACUCACGGAAUACUCAGAGUGGGUGGCCGAUUGCAAAACGCUAAUGAGCCAUAUGAC